UUGUUACGAAACCCAUGUUGUCCGCAAUCGGUGAGAUAGACUCUUCAGUGCUGCCUAUUAGCUCUGGAAUAUAGAUGAAGCCGGACUAUGGUCGCCAUCGGAAUUCUAGUUCUCAGUCCACUAGCUCUGUCUUGGUAAUUAUUUGGUUACAUUUGAUAUUGAUUUGCAUUUUACUUUCUGUUUUCUUAUUUUUAUUUUAUUUUACUUUUUCCCCCCGUGAUAUGAUGUGUCCUUAAUCGAUUCCAUAUCCGGAGUGAGAGGUAACACAGGAAAUAAGAUUAGCUGAGAUUGACGGACGCAUGUGAUACCCUCAUGCUUACAUGCAGGCUGAGUGUAAUUUGUUUUCGUUGCAAGAUCUUUGGUUUCUUUGCUCGGAUUUUUGUAAAUCGGCAUCUCGCUAUAUGGAUCCUCUUAUUUAACUCUGUUUUUCACCUUUUCCAGCAUCGAUACCCUUCUAAAAAGAUUCUCCAGAUAUAUACUCUCUUUACUAUCGUUGAUGAUACACUGGCAGAGUGUCCAUCUUGCUGUCAGGUCUGCUACAUCAUAGCUGACGUGGGCCAAUUCAUUAUAUGACUGUAAUUUGAAUGGAUGACACACAGAACACAGUUGUAAGAGUUGUGGGAC